AGGCUGCACCCCUUCGUUUUGCCUUUGUUUUGGCUAAACAUGUAUUAAAAUUUAAAAUGUAAGGAGAAGAAAGUGAAGGAUAACUACCGAGAAAAAAAUGGAGGGAGGGACGGUUACGGCUAAAUUACAUGUUUGGUCACUUAAAUUAUACAAAUCUUUCAUGUUUGCCACCCAAAUUACUUUUCUUUCUUAUUCGCCACUAACUUUACGAAUCGUUUCACCAUUAACACCGGCCGUUACAUUCCGUUAAGUUUAUCCUACGUGGCAGUCAACUAUAAAGUUUGACUGUUAACUAAAUGACGUGGAAAUUAAAAAAAUAAAUAUAUUUUUCCACCUCAUCAUUGCAUUUACUUUAUCUAUAUGAUUUGUGAUAUUAAUUAUUUAAUAAAAAAAUAAUUAAAUUAAAAAAAUUAACGGCCUCCUUUUUCCUCAUCGCUGGUGCACUCGUACCCACCAGAUCGGCGCUCUUCUCCUCGACGUCGUCACCUUCUUCCUCACUCGCCUCUUUCACCAGUCGUUCUCUCCCUACACCGCCACUUCCUUCGGCGGCAGCGUCUUCAGGUGCGGCUCCUGGAAGAGCCUCAUCCGUAUCUCCGACGCUUGAUACCUGUAAUGGCCUAACCGUGACUACGGUUCAGUCCUCUCAAAGAGACUGAGAUUAAUGGCUUGAAAGAGCUGAUGCGCAGUCGUGAUGGCAAAAUAUAUGUCGAAGCUUGCGUUGAAGGCCAAUGGGCACUCAGGGUUUCGGACUAAGAGGAAAGAGGAAGGCAAUCAAACUCCUUACCCACUCCUUCGAUUCGUCUGCCGUGGCUUUCGCAAGCGCCAUCGAAAUCCUUCCCCUCUCAUCGAGCUUCUUCACCGACAAUCAGAGCACGGCGAUCCCUCCCGGCGGCGCUGCUGCUGGGUUCUUCGGGUUCCCAUCCAGCGCUCUUCUUCACUGUUGGGUUCUUCAGUGGAACCUCUUCACGGGCAGUUCUUCUAGAGAUGCAGAGUUGUUAAGGAUGGCGUUUAUACCUUUGGCGCCGAAGUUGCAAGAUCCACAGGACAUCUUCUUCAACGACCUGCAGUUCUUGGCGAAGCUUCCAUCCCGACAUCGGUGAUUUCCAGGCAUGACCGGAGCUACCAGGCCGACGAGCUCAGCUACUUCUAAGCGCAGCUCGAUGGGCUGAACGUGCGCACCAAUCUGAACUACGGUAUCGACGGAGCCAGGCUGCGGUUCGUGAGCAAGGUGCUGAGGUCGGCAAACUAUGAGAUUUGGUAUAUGAUUUUUGGGGGUGGAGUGUGGACUUGUUCUUCUGUUUAAGUUAUGUAUCACGAACUAAUUUAAAAGGCUUCUAAAAAAAAGUAACUUAAAAGGCUAUGGGGAUGCAGGAUUAUUUCCGAUCCGAUUGCACUGGUUGAUUAUAUAAAUUUCUUCCUCCCACUGAUAAUUAAUUUUGUAAUUUAUAACAAAAUUCAGUAAUUUUUAUUAAUAUAAUCAAUCAUAGACAUAGUAAGUGGAAUGGUGAGGUGGAAAAAUAAUUAUAUUUUUUAUUAUUUUUAAUUUCCACGUCAUCAAGUUAACGGUCAAACUUUAUAGUUGACUGCCAUGUAGGACAAAUUUAACGGAGUGUAACGGCCGGUGCUAAUGGUGAAACGAUUCGUAAAGUUAGUGGCGAAUAAGAAAGAAAAGUAAUUCGGGUGGCAGACGUGAAAGAUUUGUAUAUUUUGAGUGACCAAACGUGUAAUUUAGCCGGACGGUUACUAUUGUUUUGUUUUAACCGUUGCUACCUUUUAGAGGAUUUGAAAAGAAAAACGGAAGUACUUCUGUCAUUUAGUGGGGCUGACGUGGAUGCCUAAUUUUACUGCAAGGCUGAUGUGGCAUUGAUCAUAAUCUACACAGUGACAUCCAUUUCGAUAUAUUUUAACGUAUAAAUUUAAUUUUACAAUGGCGUGAAUAAAUAACAAUAUGCGUGAAUAAACACUAGGUUGCGUGACUAAACAAUAUUGGUUGCGUGAAUAAGCAACCAAUAUUGAUUGUGUGACUAAACAAUAUUGGUUGCGUGAAUAAACAACACUCUUGCGUGACUAAACAAUAUUGAUAUCAACAUAUCCUACCAAAAAAUUCAUUCAACCCUCCAUCACUCUUUCAACUCCCUAGUGCGUGUCGACAGGUUUUGGUUUGAGUGAGGAGAAGUGAACAAUGAUUAGAGAUUGGAAAUUUGAAAUAAACAAUUAAAGAUAGGUUUUACUUUAUUGCAAUAUGUUUUAUAUCAAAUUUAGUUUUGUCUAUAUCACAAAAAGGUAAAUAUUAAUUACAUAAUUCCUUGUAGCUCACAGAUAAACGAGUGAAACUCUUAGCCCAGUAAUACUAGGUUCAAUUGUCCCUAGGGCAGUUUACAACUAUUCCUAAUUUUUGGAUUCUUGCCAAGAUUCAAGGUGGGUUUCAGGACCCACCCAGUUAAACUGUAUCUCAGCCUCUUAAUGCCCCUUAAUGGAGCAACCUCAUAAGCCAAAACAAAAUGUUUUGUACAUGCAACAAUGUUGUUUUGCAUAGAGUCACAUUUUUCUCUUCAUUACAUUACAGAUCUAUGUUCCUGUUUUGCGGUGUUGAUUUGAUCGAUGCACCUCUGACUUCUAGAAAUCAAAAUGACCGUUACUUGGUUCUCACCUCUCCGAACAAUGUUUGAAUAAGGAUGUUUCAGUUUUUUGGAAUAUGCGCUACGACUACUCCUAUGGAGAUUCCUGUGGAGAGCUCCGCGACUACGGUACGACUGUGGAUAUCCUUUCUAGAAGGAGAACUCCGCGAAAGAGUUACAAAGAAAAAGGUAAAUUUGACAGAGUUGUUUUCUGUGUUGAUUUGGUUGCCCCCCUCUCUCUCCUUGCUCCGGUGAUUUUAUCUAAAUCACUUCCGCAGUCAUCAUGUUGUGAAACCACCUUGAUUUUGUUUCCCUCGUGCUCCAUCUCUCUCCAUGAAGUCGUAGUCUUCAACUACUUUGUAUCUCGUUCUUCAAUCUUGCUUGCAUGAAACUCACGCAUAAAAUAAAAGAAUUGGA